AUGGUUGGACCACCGAGCAUUCUGAGUACGUCCGCGACGCCGACUCAGAAGUCACUGUACACCCAGGCGUCGUAUCCUUCAAAGACGAGCCUCGAUGCAAACCGGGAUGGAUUACAACCAACGGCUGGGGCCAAUGGACCCCGCGGCCUGGGCAAUUCCGCCAUGUCCUUCGCCCCUCGUGGAUCUUCCCUCGCGGCAUCUCCUGCACCAGGCAGCUUCAGUUCAAAUAUGCGGAGUCAGAUGGCACCCUCGAGGCAGGCUUCCGGGCAGGACAUAAAUGCGUCAAUGGUCAAUCUGGAGAGACUGGAUGAAGCAGAUGCAAUGGGAACUGGGCAGGCUUUGACCUCCCUCCGCGAAGCUCUGAACAGAGAAAUGAAGAUCAAGGAGGGCAGUGAGAAUAUGCUGGAGGCUCUGAAUACGAAGAAGGCAAAGCAGACCAAGGAGCAACGCCAAAGGGUCGAGGCAGAACUCAAUUCCUCAAAUCAGAGAAUCAAGGACCUGCGAGUGCAAAUAACAGAGUUGCAGAGGCCGAAGCCCCCAACAACGCCAACCAGGACUCGAAUGGAUGUUACAUUCCAAAGUACCAAUGGACUACGGUCUCCUCCAAGUGUAACCAGAAGUACUGGAGGAUCAGAGUACGACGAGCCUACGGAGUCGCCCACAUAUGCUUUGGCAGAGAUCCUGCAAGCACUGGAGGUUGAAGGGCUCACGCCAGACUACUACGUAGGACACGCCAACAAUCUGGUAGAGCUGUUCAAACGACAUCCGACACUUAAACAUGACUUGGUCUGGUCAAUAUUUGGCCUUCGCAUGCAAGUGAUGCUUCUAAGUGAGAGUAGAGAGGUCGUGGCAGCAGGAUAUCGAAUGACGAGAUAUGCUAUAUCUGACAUAACAUCACUGCAUAAAAUCAGGUCUUUAAACACCGAUCAUCUUGUCGUCCUAUCACUCAUCAAGGAAAGAAAGGCUGAUGUUGAACGAGAACAAGCCUUGAAAUUCAUCAGAGCAUUUCUAGACGUUAAAAACGGCGUGAAAGAAAUAUCGAGAGCUGUCGUGAGGACAAUAUCAUCAGUUGCGGAGCAUACAGAAGACAGGCUCAAGUCAAUCUGCAUAGAAACGCUUGCUGAAAUCAUGGUUCGAGAUCCAGCUUUAGUUGUUUCCUCGGGCGGGUUGAGGCCUCUGGCAGAUGCACUUGGUGAAGGCACAUAUGAAGGCUCUGAGAGUUUAACUGGAGCGUUUCUGUUCCUCCUGGACGCUCCGCAGAGACGAAAAUACUUACGAUCUGGCUAUGAGCUUGAGGUUCUUUUCACCGCCUUUACCGACUCUCUGUUUGCAAAGGAGAGCAUUUUAAAGCAAAAUUCAAAAGCAAUAGGCUAUGCUUUGAAGUCCUGGCCAGGCCUUAUGACUUUGUCCAUGUACAACUUCAGGGCUAUUAAAUCGCUGGUUUCCUGCUUAAUCUUACCAAAUCCGACCAUCCGGGAAACAGUAAUUGACCUACUCUACUCCCUCCUUCGAAUCAAAUCGCCAUUCUGGGCAACGUCUUUCCUGGCAGGUAGACGGCUCACAACCUAUGGAAGACUGGCUACGCUGAAAGCAGCGCCUCAAAAAACAGCACAGCCAGUGGAGGAGGAGCCGGGUGAUAAGAGCUUCGUUGAUCACUACACGGCACUUCUGCUUGCAGUUUUGAUAUCCUCGGAUCUUCUUACAGGCCUCUUGCAGGUUACUCGAGAUGCGGACAAUUCAAUGUUGAAGCGAAAGACUACUCUUCUCAUUGGAGAAGUCCUCAAGCUUGCUAGCAAUCUGCUUCCCCAAUCCUGGAGCAGCGACUUGCAGCUCCUCCCAGAACUAUUUGCAGCUGCCUCGCAUUUUGGAGAUAACGAACGUUUCGAUGCUACUGGGACCGUCUACCAAAUAAGCAGUGUUUCCAGGACGCUGUAUCGAUCAAAUCCCUCUGCCACAAACGCAUUGACCAGCGUCGUCAAUAACAGCAAUGACAACCUUGCAAAUCUUGAAGAUACUCCAAAGCUGAAUCCAAAUGUCACAUUGGAUGAGACAACUUUUCGCCAGCUACUCGUUGAAACCCAGGUAUUGUCGAGUACGAAUCCUGUGAAAUGGAAGUGGGAGAUUAUUUUGAAGAUCAUUGAGGGCCCUCUACUGAACGGGAAGCGCCUUGACGAGGCAAUCAAGGCCUCGAAAUUCAUCAAGAGAAUUAUGAGCUUCUACCGGCCCUUCAAAUACAAGUUCGCCGAAGUCAGGAAUACGCGAAUCACCCAGAAAUACGUCCGAGUUGGCUGUGCACUAAUGAACACGCUUUUGCAGACACAGGAAGGCGUUCGGUAUCUGUCGGAUAACAAAUUACUCAGGCAAGUCGCUGAAUGCUUAGCACAAUGUGAUCCAACCAGCGGCUUGACAGCCCAGUCUCCCAUGUUCUCUAAGGAUCGACUUUCCGAAACACUUUGCUGCGGGUACUUUGCAAUGCUUGGCACGUUGAGCGGCGAUGUUAAAGGGCUGGCAAUGCUUGACAGGUGGCGAAUGAUCAAUAUGAUGUACCACAUUAUAGAUCUUAAACAGCGCCCUGACUUGAUCAGGCUCUUGCUCUCUAAUUUUGACUACAGUCUGCAAGGGCAUCCUCGAGUAUUACUCUCUAAGGCGUUGACAGCGGGAUCGAAAGAGAUCCGAAUUUACGCGACCAACGUCCUCAGAAAGUACUCCAGCCGAUCUCGACCCAAUGGACCUGCCAGCCAAGGCGUCCGUGAUUCGAAAUGGGCAAUUCAGCUACUCGUUACACAAUUGUAUGACCCGGAAGUCGAAGUCUGUGCUACCGCGAUCAAAAUUCUUGAGGAGGCCUGCAACAGAAAGAAUUACCUCGAAUACAUCGUGGAGUGCCGUCCAGCUCUUGACCAUCUUGGUGAAAUUGGUGCUCCACUGCUCUUACGGUUCCUUUCUACUUCUAUUGGUUACCACUAUCUGGAUGGUUUGGACUACAUCAGCAACGAAAUGGAUGACUGGUUUUUGGGACGGAAUGAUACCUAUGUCGGCGUUAUCGAAGCAAGCUUGGCGAGAUCAUUUGUUGAGCUUCAGGAGGAGUCUUCAGGUCGGAUGAGCAUAGACGAGGACAGCUUUGAGAUGGAUGGUGACAACGAUGCUCACGUACCACCGCAUUUCUACAGAGAAUUAACAAGGACGAAGGAGGGAUGCAAGCUUUUACGAGACAAGGGCCAUUUUGAAGAAUUUGCUUCCACAAUUCGCGAUUAUGGUAUGCUCUGUGAUGAUCCAGAGUUAAUUCUGAAGGUCAAGGGAUCGCUUUGGGCUGUGGGAAAUGUUGGUUCAAUGGAGCUCGGUGCACCAUUCCUGGAAGAAUGCGAUGUUGUUGAGAACAUCGUGAAGAUCGCAGAGUCUCAUGAGAUUAUGAGCUUGCGCGGAACUGCAUUCUUCGUACUGGGUCUGAUUUCUAGGAGCGUUCAUGGCCUCGAGAUUCUUUCUGAGUAUGGUUGGGACAGCAACACGACAAACAUGGGUGUCUCAUUGGGACUCUGUAUCCCCAACGAUCUCAGCAAAUUUCUUUCAUAUCAGCCCUGGAAGCACGAGAGGGUGAUGGACAUCAUUAUGGAUAAGGACCAAAUAGAUGCCGUUACAGCAGCAAACAAGGAUGAUGAUCCUGCCAAUCAGCGCAUCCUUGAACUUAUCGUCGAUCUGGGCAACACCGUACUGCAAAAGCGAGCCAUGACUGAACUCAUGCACAUCAAAGCAAAGAGGGUUCCAGGAUUUCGAUCGCCAGCAUUAUUCAAGAAAAUCAUGACACUUUUAGAAUCGCAUCAUUUCCGUCUCGGUGUACGGCAUUUCGUCGCCGAGCUAUUCGACCGCAGCGUCCUACGGUGCAUAGUGUUUGAAGAAGAUAUCAGCGACGAGGAAAUGGACAGUGAAGAAGACGAUAGCACAAGCGAAGGCCGGACCGAACGACAACGAAGUGUCAGCGAUGCAUCAGCCAUGGCACCCUCGACUAAAUCUGGUGUUUAA